AGGUCUGGCUGUCAUUCGUGCACCGAGGACAAAAACAAAACUCAUCGCACUCGUCGAUGGUGGUUGCACACACAACGAGCAACACAGGCAAAUAGCCGUCUCAUCGUAGCUGGAGUCGCAACUGAAGCUGAAAUCCUCACAACUCCAGCUCAACCAACUACGCACAGAAUGAGCAGCAAGAGCACGUUUUUCUACGAGCUGGCCCGGAAGUCGGAGAACGAAAUACAGGCGACGCUGAUGCGCUGCCCGAGCCACAUUACCGAGCGGGACGAGAGCGAACGGCUGCUCGUCCACUGGGCGGCACUCGUCGGCCAGGAGCGGCUCGUCGAGUCCAUCCUCGAGCGGCACCCGGACCAGCUGAACGCGGAGGACGAUGCCGGACUGACGCCGCUAAUACUGGCCACGCUCGGUCGCCAUCCGGCCAUCGUCACCAUGCUGACGUUUCGCGGCGCCAACGUGCACCAGCGCAGCAGGCGGGGCCAUUCGGCGCUGCAGUACGCCUGCUCGAAGAACCAGCCCGCCAUCGCCCGGCACCUGGUGCAGCUCGGCGCGAACGUGGACGUGGUGGACUACCUGAACGAGACGCCGCUGCACCGGGCCACCGCCAUCGGGUCGACCGAGCUGAUCGGGCUGCUGAUCGAGGCGGGCGCCAGCCCGAACAUACCGAACAGCGAGGGCAACACGCCCCUGCACAUGGCCUGCGAGGAGGACAAGCAGGAGUGUGCGCUCGAGCUGGUGCGGGGCGGCGCCAACCUGGAGCUGCAGAACCGGUACGAAAAGACGCCGCUCGACCUGGCGUCCCGCUCGCUGCGCCAGGUGCUGUCCGCGUCGGUCGCAAGCAGGCGCCAGGCGGGUUAGAGUAAGGGGUCAGCGGGGCGAUGUUAGAUUUAAGAGCGUUACGUUACGAGCUGGCAAAUGUCCGUGUACCGCACGCGCACCCUAUUAUGUGUGUGUGUGUGUGUGUUUUUAAAUACUCCACGUGCGAGCGUUGUGAGGUCAUUUGUUGCUGUCAGCGAGUUGAAGCAGCAACUGAGUAUCAUCCAAACAGUGAAUUAAAAUUACUACUUGAGCUAAAAAAAGUUUAGAAAUUAAAAUAAAAACUCACCCACGCAUGUACUGUAGGCUUGGGCAAUUCGAUUCAUUUCCAUAAACGUGAACGUACUAGUUCUUUCCUUUACAUGAACUGAACGUGAAUCGCGAUUCAUUCGUUCAUUUCAGUUUAUGAAAAUAUGGUAAAUGGUUUAAUUUCGCAAGAGGAAUUACCUUAUUACAUCUGGAAAAUUAUUUGGCAGACCAGGACAAUAUUUAAUUCCACGGGUAGGAUGAUCUUUUUGUGAAUGAUCUAGUCAUACGGUUCACGUACAUAUUUGUAUUGGAUGAGAUAAACGACCUCGCGUAAUAGGAGGUUCUUCAAUUCGACGGGUAGGAUUACGGUUUACGUUCAUAUUGGUAUGGGAGAAAAUGAACCUGGCUUUGUAAGACGUUCUUUAUUUCGACGGAUAGUAGUGGUGUUAAAAACUGAUUUUUUUUUGAUGAUCGGCUCAGUUCCGGUUCAUUAAUAAAGGUGAUCCGGAUCAUUUGAUCGGAUCAAUCAUUCAA